AUGAGGCCCCCAGUCGUACCGCAGUACGCGCUCAAUGCUGCCAGGAAACGUGUGAGACCCUCUUGCGCAGAGUUGCGGGCCGAGCGUGGUGCCUACACGUUGACCUCUCCACCCCACAUGUCUUCGCAGCCCAUGUGGUUUAGAGAUUUUACGACCACAACGGCAGCUCAGAGCGAUAGGCAUGCUGCAGCGUCGAAAGCCUCAAUUGAAGUUAUUGAAGUUGGGAUUGCAACUGUGCUCGCAGCGCCGUCACGGCCCCGCACCACUCGCCCAUCUGCGCAUCCUGUCUCACCCAUAACGCAAAGUUUCGCUCGACGCUUUUCACCACCUCCAGUGUUGCCUCCAAGACUUGCUCCACGACUUUGCGACUGGUCUGGCCCCACGGCUGCACAGCAAGCUCCACAACGCCUCUCCCUCGACUCUCUACCGCUCACCGCCCGUCUCUCCUCCACAACCACCUCAUCUCGACCGACCGCAGUACCUAACGGCACAGACGACCAUGGGCCGCAAGAUCCCCAAGCCUGA